CGUGGGGUUUGUUUGUGGAUGUUGGUUGGCUUGCUUUCAGUGAUGACGUUGCCGUGGGAAGAAUAUGCCUGUACAUUGGUGGACCAAACAUGCAGUGUGAGAGUUGACUCGGGGCUGCGAAUGGGCAACAGGGCGCCUGCGCGUUCCGGCGAAGACGAGGCCCACAAAAAAAAAAGAAGGAGGUGUACGUUGAAAAGCUACCCUUGGGCCUACGAAUUGGGCAAUAUACGCAUGACGUAACGAAAACCCGCCCGAAUGACCCUCGCCGGGUUGGCUCAGAGCUUGUGACGUGUUGGAAAUUACUGAAUGACACUUGAGGAGAGUAUCGGGUCCCGUCCUGGACAGCGCGGCGUGCCCUUCGGAAAGCGCAGCUGGUUGGCUGCCCGCCGCGGGAGGCGGAGCCCAGGCCGACUCGGUUCCGUUGCGUCAACCUUACCCGGGCUCUGCCAUUGGCUGCCGCCCAGCCCGGUCGCCCUGGGGACGUGGCUGGAGCAAAGGGCCGACGAAGUGGCGCCGGACGGCGAGCGCGGGGCGAAGGAAGCGGGUCCAGGAUCAUCCCGCAACUUGGAGGAGCCGAAAGAGAUGCUACUUCCUCCCGGGACCCGCACUGGAAGCUGACGGACUGUGGAGCGAGCACAUGGCCAGGAUCAGUUUUUCCUGCCUGUGUCCAGCAUCUUGGCACUUCACAGUGCCUUCAGUGAGCCUUUGUCUCCGUCAGCGGCUGGGCCUGCUGGGUCUCUUAGUUGCAGCCAGUAUUUUGCUGUUCGUGGGAAUCACAAAUCUAUGGCGUUGGAAAACUAGUUCUCGGGACUGGCAGUCUGAAAGGUACCUGGAACGGUUUCAUACCUUGGAGGCAACGGACACAAAUAACCCAUCUCUGAAUUACGGGGUGGUUAUUGAUUGCGGAAGCAGUGGGUCCCGGGUCUUUGUAUACUUUUGGCCACCACACAAUGGGAAUCCGCACGACCUGCUGGACAUCCGGCAGAUGCGAGACCAUAAUGGCCAGCCUGUUGUCAAGAAGAUCAAGCCAGGGAUCUCUACUCUGGCAGCCACUCCAGACAAAGCUAGUGACUACAUCAGGCCGCUGCUCAGCUUUGCUGCUGCCUAUGUGCCCAGUACCAAGCACAAGGAGACUCCCCUCUACAUUUUGUGUACUGCAGGAAUGAGACUGCUCCCUGACUGGCAGCAGACGGCCAUCCUGCAGGACCUGGUGAGGGAUGUGCCCUUGGAAUUUGAUUUCCUCUUCUCAGAAUCUCAGGCAGAAGUGAUCUCUGGGAAGCAAGAAGGAGUCUAUUCUUGGAUAGGCAUCAACUUUGUAUUGGGAAGAUUUGACCACGAAGAAGAGGAAGAUGCAGUGAUUUCUGUGACCCUGGCUGGCCAGGAAGAAACCCUGGUGCGAAAGAGGACUGUUGGGAUCCUUGACAUGGGAGGUGCCUCUCUGCAAAUCGCCUAUGAGGUGCCGACUUCCACGUCCUUCUCUUCCCCGCAGGAGGAGGAAGCUGCCAAGAGCCUGCUUGCUGAUUUCAACCUUGGCUGUGACAUGCAACACACGAAGCACGUGUACCGAGUCUACGUAAGCACCUUCCUGGGCUUUGGGGGCAACUACGCCCGGCAGCGCUAUGAAGAGCUGGUGCUGAAUCAGACCACCACCCACAACAGGUUGCAGGGUGAGCAGCUCGGCGCAAAUGCUGGGGUGCCCGUCUUGGACCCCUGCCUGCCUGUGGGACUGGAGGAUGUUGUGGAGCAUGGCGGCCAGACCCUGCACAUCAAGGGCCAGGGGGACUGGCAGUCGUGUGCGAAGCAAGUGCGCCUCCUGCUGGCGGGAGACAACAGAACCAUGGUCUCUCUGCGCAACACCUAUCAGGCACCGAUUGACUUUGUUAACAGCGAAUUCUAUGGGUUCUCUGAAUUCUACUACUGCACCGAAGAUGUGCUGCGCAUGGGAGGACUGUACCACAUGCCCACGUUCACACGUGCUGCCCAGGAUUAUUGCAGCCUGAGCUGGUCCGUACUGACCCAGAGGUUCCGAGACCACCUAUACUCAGCACAUGCAGACCUGCACCGUGUCAAGUACCAGUGCUUCAAAUCAGCAUGGAUGCACCAAGUCCUGCACGAAGGCUUUCAUUUCCCCAAGGAUUAUUCUGGUCUGCGCACAGCCCAGUUGGUGUAUGAUCGUGAGGUACAAUGGACACUGGGAGCCAUUCUCUAUAAAACUCGCUUCCUGCCACUCAGGGAUCUCCGCCAGGAGAGCAUCCACCAACCUCGCAGCCCUUGGCUCCGUCUCUCCUUUGUUUAUAACCACUAUCUUUUCUUUGUGUGCAUUCUUGUGGUGAUGCUUGCAAUUGGACUCUACCUCUUCCGUCUGCGCCGCAUCCACCAGAAGCAGUUGCACGUGGCACAGCUGGACCUGCUGUGGCUAGCAGAAGUGGUGCCGCUGCCAGCACAGGAGGCAGCCUCCUGACAAAAGAACUACCUCUCGGUGAACUCUCUCCAGGUCUGCCCUAUUGGCAGUGGCUUUUAAUGGGCCAGAAGCUGUGAUUCUCUUGCGGGCUAGUCCAGAAUUCUGCAGGACUCCAGCCCAACCCCAGGGCCUAAACAGUGUCUGCUCAGAUUUGUCUGCCCCCAAACCUAAGCCGCUCAACCCUAAUGGACUCUAGAUUUUCCUCCGUGGCUGAAAUCCCCAGCCACUGGGGGAGAAUCACGCUGCAGGUGCAGUGAGGCAAGGGAAGCUGAUCUCUGCUACUCUUGACAGUGGGCAAAAGGCAGCAUAGCUGAAAGUGACCAAAGAAACUUGAUUUACUCAGGAAGGGAGGGAGAAGGACCUUGUGUGGCCAAGAACUGGACAGCUCUCCCGCAAAAGGAAAGAAAGUGGUUCUUUCUGAUGCUUUACUACGAGCACAUCUCCCCCCCCCCCUACUUCUGUUGAUGUCUGUGAUAGGACCAAAAAAGGAGUCGUGCAAACAGGAUUCCUUGAGGGUAAGAAAUAACCUUUUAUAAAAACCAAGGCAGAUAAUUUGCUGCCUUCCUUCACACUCCUCCCCACAAAUACAUUUUGCACAAACUCCUUUCAAAUCCCACAUUUACCCAUCAUUCAGUGUGUCUCAGUGCCAUUGUCCCGGCACUGGGGCUUCCAGCAGUUCCAAGUUUCACAGAAGACCACCUUGAAGUGUGGAACGCUGUCCCUGGUACUAGCCCAUAAACUCAAUCAACUAUGGACUAAGUUAAAUUAUGAAUUUGUUUUCAUACUUGAACUCCAGUUACUGUAGCAAUAAAUUAUGCUGAACUGUG